UAUCCCCGUAGACUCUUUUUAGGUCAAAGGGCAAAUAUUUCUUCCCAUAGGUCAGGUAAAUGCGAAGAAACCAAAAGCCCAACCCAUCAGGUCACUUCACCUUUACCUUUAAAACUUAUCGGUUAGGAAAAAUUUCUUCAAAUUUCCUCAUAAAUAGAACAUGAAUUCCAUUAGUAAGAAUUAAAUUAAUUUUAUAAUUUUCCAUAAGUGUCUUAAUUAGUGAUAAACAACAAUUAAUUGUAAUUAAAUUGUUUCAAAAAAAAAGAAAACAAAAACAAUGGAAACUUUUUCAUUUUCAUUUGAAAAAAACAACAGAAAUUCAAGAUUACCUUUCAUUACCUGUUACUUUUUAACUUCAUCUUUUUUCAUCCUCUUUUUUUUACCUAAUUGUUUGUGUUUUAAUUUAACUAAUCCAACAACAAUUAACUCAACAAUUAGCUGUUCACCUUCUUGUAUUAAUGGAAUUUGCCAUAAAUCAAACUGUUAUUGUAUUCCAGGAUUCACAGGUAAACGAUGCGAGAAACGGUGGGAUGAUUGUGUAUCACAACCUUGUCAAAAUGGCGGAACCUGUGAAGUUGAUGGAUCUCACUACAAGUGCCUAUGUCCAGCGGGUUAUACUGGACCUUUAUGUGAAAAGGAUAUUGAUGAUUGUGCCUCUUCACCUUGUCUAAAUAAUGGUACAUGUACUGAUCUAUUAAAUGGUUUCACAUGUUCAUGUUUACCUGGCUACACAGGUAAACUUUGUCAAUCAAUGAUUGACUAUUGUGCUCCAAAUCCAUGUUUAAAUGGAGCCUCGUGUUUUGUUUCCAAUAAAUAUAAUGUCUCAUGUUUGUGUAAUAUUGGUUUCACUGGUCAAUUCUGUGAACAUCAAGUUUGUGAUCGGCAUCAUUGUAAUGGUAUUUGUCUGAAUGAUACUUGUUUCUGUAAACAAGGUUAUAGUGGUCUUCAUUGUCAAGAAGAUAUUGAUGAAUGUGCUUCCAAUCCAUGUGAAAAUGGUGGUGCCUGUGAAAAUCUAAUCGAUGAAUUCAAGUGCCAUUGUAAAUUGGGCUUUGAGGGUAAUCGAUGUGAGGUCAAUAAGAACGACUGUUUAACCCAAAACUGUGAAAACAAUGGAACCUGUGUCGAUGGCAUUGCCGAUUUUACCUGUUUAUGUCCUCCUGGUUUCUCAGGUAAAACCUGUGAAAUCAAUAUCGACGAAUGUACCACCAAUCCAUGUGAAAACAAUGGUACCUGUAUCGAUGGUAUCGCUGAUUAUACCUGUUUAUGUUCAACUGGAUUUAUUGGUAAAAAUUGUGAAAACAAUACAGAUGAAUGUGCAUCUAACCCAUGUCACAAUGGAGGUACUUGUGUCGAUGGUAUCAAUAGUUAUACCUGUUUGUGUCCAACCGGAUUUAUUGGUGUUUAUUGUGAAAAUGAAACAAAUGAAUGUCAACCUAAUCCUUGUUUCAAUGGUGCAACAUGUAAAGAUUUACAUAAUGAUUUCUUUUGUCACUGUCCACCCGGUUGGGAUGGUAAAACUUGCUUCAAUGAUAUAAAUGAAUGUCUAUCUAAUCCAUGUCAAAAUAAUGGUACAUGUAACAAUUUACCCAAUAAUUAUUCGUGUUCCUGUCCACUUGGUUAUUCUGGAAUUAAUUGUCAAGACGAUUUAGAUGAUUGUCAAUCAUCACCAUGUUCCAAUGGUGCUUCUUGUAUCGAUGGAAUCGCCAAUUUUACCUGUAAUUGUUUAGAUGGUUACUUUGGUUCUACCUGUGAUCAAAUUCACUCCUCAUGUGAUUCCUCACCCUGUCCAUCUAAUUGUAAUUGUACAUCAAAUCAAUCAUCACCUCACCUUUAUACUUGCCAUUGUUCAGCUCUCUCUCAAGAUUUUACUCUUGCUUCCCUUGGAUCUUGUAAAAAAUAUUUCAGUUCCUUCUUACUCACUAAUCAAAUUAAUCCCUUCUUUCUGGCGAUUACCAGUUUAAUCUGUCUACUGGUCAUCUUGACCUUUUUAUUGACCUUUUUUCUUAUUCGAAACAUCAAAAAAGCUCGAGCCACCCGAGGUUCUUACUCACCUGCAACCAAAGAGCUGUUUGAUUUGACACCAAGUGGAAUCCUUAAGCCACCUCCGUCCGAGAGAUUAUUUUAAUCCACUUGAUUAAUUUCCAUCAUCAUUUAAUUUAAUCAAAUAAUUUUUUCUCUAGAUAUUAUCAUUUUUUCACAUUGACAUUGCUGUAUAAAAAGCCUGUGAUAUAAAAACAAUCAACAAUCAUGA